AGUCGUUGACUGGUGUUCAAUCAGUUUAUCUGUAGCAAAUAGUUCAAGUGAAAAAAUAUCGCAUUCCGGCAAACAUUUUUUUGAUUGCGGAGAUUAUUCGAUAAAUAAAAUAAUGGCUAAAACGAUUUCUUGUGGUGGAUUGAGCAUGCCCACGGUAGGAUUGGGAACAUGUGAAGCAAUAAACGACAGCGAAAUAGAGACAGCACUAGACGCUGCUUUAGAACUUGGCUACCGUCACAUCGAUACAGCUGCCUCAUACGGAAACGAACAUGUCAUAGGAAGAGUCUUGAAAAAGUGGUUCGAUUCUGGAAAAUUGUCCAGAAACGAUCUGUUCAUUGUCACCAAACUCCCACUUCCAGGUAUACAUCCCGAUCGGGUUGAAAAAUAUUUGAAAAAAUCGUUAGCUGAUCUUCAGUUAGAGUACGUAGAUCUUUAUCUUAUACACUUUCCCGUCGGGAUGAAAGAAGGACAAGGGCAUCCACAAUACGAAAAAGAAGAUCACAAGGCUGUAUGGCAGAGCAUGGAAAAACAAGUUGAUGCUGGCCGAACAAAGACCAUUGGACUCUCCAAUUUUACCUUAAAACAAAUCGAUAAAGUUUUGAAAUCUGCCAGAAUCAGACCGGCUUGCAAUCAAGUUGAACUACACGUAUUCUUACAACAACCAGAGCUGGUUCAGUUCUGCCAGAAAAACAACAUUGUAGUGACGGCAUAUUCACCGCUUGGAAAUCCCGGUUACAACACAUUUUUGAAACGUAUUGGAUAUGAGGAGCGAACAGGUUUAGUCAACGUACUCAACAACCCAAUUAUCAUGGAAAUAGCCAAAAAACACAACAAAAGCAGUGCGCAGGUCGCUUUAAGGUUCUUAUUACAGAAAAACACCGUCGUCAUUCCAAAAAGUGUCCAUCCUGAAAGGAUAAAGAGCAACUUUGAACUCUACGAUUUUAGUCUCGAUGAUGCAGAUAUGAAGAAAAUUGGAGCUCUAGAUCUUGGAGAAGAUGGUCGAAUUAUUGACUGGAAAGUUAAUCCUGACAUUCAUGUGCAACCAGAAUAUCCAUUUCCAAGGAGAUAAUUUAAUAACUCAGUCGAUUUAUGUUUGUUAUUAAAAGUUUUGAUGAUAUAAUGUUAACAUGUUAUAUUAUAAAUAAAACAUAAAAAUAA